AUGUUUGGGUUGAAGACAUCCUCUUUCACCACCCUGAUCGUGGGGGUAUUUAUUGCCUAUGUUUUACACACUUGCUGGGUGAUGUAUGGCAUAGUUUACACCAAGCCCUGCGCUAACCCCAAGAACAAGAACUGCAUCAAGCCUUAUCUAGCUGUUAACCCUAGAAUUCAGCUGAGUAUCUAUACGUCUACAAAAAGCAGUGUUACUGAUGGAGCCAAUUUAAACCUUGUGUUGAAGAUGGAACACUUUGAUGUGAACUCUAAAUUUGAGAGGAUCGUCAAUGUUUCAAUACCAAAGAAAACUCGUAGCAAUGGGACACUGUACACGCAUUUAUUUCUCCACCAUGUUGGCAUGCUGCCUUGGCAUGACAGUAAUCAUGUGUAUGCUAUUGGACACCUUACAACAUACAUGAUUCCGAAGCCUGAGGAAAUCAACCUAAUUACAGGAGAAACCGAGGCCCAA